AGGUUUAAACCAGUUUUGGAUAGCCUUGGAGCACAGGAAAAGCAUUCAGUGCUCAACUGGAAGGAGAUAUCGUGUGGAUUCUUGGUGGGGUUCGAAUGUGGAAGUUGUCGCAGAUAAGGUCGCUGCUGAUGUUGCUGCGGGAGAAUGCCUUGAUUAGCACCAUUCAGUGAUGGGCUGUGGGACAAGCAAAGUGCUUCCCGAGCCCCCCAAGGAUGUUCAGCUAGAUCUGGUUAAGAAGGUAGAGCCUUAUACUGCUCAUAACAAUGACAUGUACAAACACUUCAUCAAGGACGAUGGCGGGACUCCUAUCAAAGCUGGCUCUCCUUCCCCUCCUCGGCACACCAACCCCUAUCCCAGUGGCCACCUGCCUAUGCACUUGGAGCAGCCUGAGACCCGCAAGAACAAGGUGGCAAAGUACCGUGCCAAAUUUGACCCCAGAGUGACGGCCAAGUAUGACAUCAAAGCCCUGAUUGGUCGAGGCAGCUUUAGCCGUGUUGUGCGAGUGGAACAUAAGGCUACUAAGCAACCCUAUGCAAUCAAGAUGAUAGAGACCAAGUACCGGGAAGGGAGGGAAGUGUGUGAGUCAGAGCUUAGUGUCUUGCGACGUGUCCGGCACACAAAUAUCAUCCAACUCAUUGAGGUGUUUGAGACCCAGGAUCGGGUCUACAUGGUGAUGGAGUUGGCCACAGGAGGGGAACUGUUUGAUCGAAUCAUUGCCAAAGGUUCUUUCACUGAGAGAGAUGCUACCCGUGUGUUGCAGAUGGUAUUGGAUGGAGUCAAGUACUUGCAUACACUGGGCAUCACGCAUCGGGACUUAAAACCAGAGAAUUUGCUGUAUUACCAUCCUGGAACAGAUUCAAAAAUCAUGAUCACAGACUUUGGGUUGGCAAGUGCCCGGAAGAAAGGAGAUGACUGUCUAAUGAAGACUACAUGUGGGACACCAGAGUACAUUGCCCCAGAGAUCUUAGUCCGGAAACCGUAUACCAAUUCUGUCGACAUGUGGGCACUGGGUGUGAUCUCUUAUAUCCUCCUGAGUGGGACUAUGCCAUUUGAGGAUGACAACCGUACCCGCUUGUACCGGCAGAUCCUGAAAGGAAAGUACAGUUACUCAGGGGAGUCAGAAGAUGCAUCAGCCAGCUGGCUUCUGCUGUUGUAGAACCGAUGAAAGCGAAAGUCCUGCCUGAUGUACAAGAUUAAACAAGCCUAUGUGCCUGAAUGGCUGAUACACUUGAAGGCUG